AUGGAGUACGAAAACGAACAGCGCGGCUACGAUGACGAGCCUCGCGGCUAUGAACGCGACCGCAGCAGGUCUCCGCGUGGUGACCGUCGCGACGAUGGCGCGCGCGCCCGCAGUGCCUCACCUGGCGGCCGCGACAGCCGUGGCCCGCCGCCAGAGCGCAGGGACGAUGACGAUGAGAGCCGCAACUCAGGCUCCAACCUCUUCGUCACCGGCAUCCAUCCUACUCUCAGCGAAGAGGAGGUCACCCGUCUCUUCGAGAAGUAUGGCGAGGUAGAGCAGUGUAACAUCAUGCGCGAUCCUCACACUAAGGAGUCUCGCGGCUUUGGCUUCGUCAAGAUGGUCACCUCCGAGCAGGCUGACGCAGCAAAGGAGGGUCUACAAGGAGAGGUUCACCAGGGCCGGACACUCAGCAUUGAGAAGGCUCGCCGUGCGCGUCCUCGUACUCCCACCCCGGGCAAGUACUACGGACCGCCCAAGCGUGAGUUCGGUGGACGUGGCGGCCGGGGCGGUGGCCCUCGCUACAACGAUCGCUACACUGAUGACCGCCGCGGCGGUUACGGCCGACGCGACGACUACGGUUCCCGCAGCUCAAGAUACGACGAUCGCGGCUACGGUGGCGGCCGUCGCGACGACUACGGUCCUCGUGGCGUCGACCGCUAUGCUUCUGACCGCAGCUACGGUGGCAGGGACGGUGGCCGCGAUGGAGGACGCGAUGGCGGACGCGAUGACCGCCGGGGUGGUGGAGGUGGCUACUACGACAGGCCCCCUCCCCCAGCUGCUGGCGCCUACGACGCCCCUCCUCCGCGCGAGGCGUACGGCGGUGGAGGACGCUCGUACGAGGGUGAUUACGAUCGCUCAUACCGCUAG